AACAACGCAGGGAAAUAAUGUACAGACAGGUAAGUAAGUAUUGGGUAUUUUUUAAUACAGGGUACUGUAGUUACAAUGGAGGUCUAAGGGCAGUACAGGGUACUUACUUACAACAGGCGUCUAAUGGUAGCUAUUGAACUCCAUUAACUAAGAUACUUACAUAAAUUAUUUCAUGAACAUGUGUUAAUUAAUGGAGUUCAAUAGCUGCCCUUAGACUUCCAUUGUAAGUGAGUAUUGAGUAUUUUGUAGUACAAGGUAAUGUACAAUACUUACAAUGGAGCUCUAAGGGCAGUACAGAGUACUUAAUCAUAAUGGACGUCUAAGGGCAGCUUCUGAACUCCAUUAACUAACAUACUUGAAUAAAUUCUUUCUUGAAAGUGUGAUAAUUCUCCUUUAAUUAUCACACUUUCAGGAAAGAAUUUAUGUAAGUAUGUUAGUUAAUGGAGUUCAGUAGCUGCCCUUAGACUUCCAUUGUAAGUGAGUAUUGAGUAUUUUGUAGUACAGGGGAAAGUGUCAAUUCUUGUCUGUGGUAAUCACACGUAGGGGGGAAAAAACGCUUGCACUGGUUAAUAAUACAGUCAUUGAAAUAUUACAUACAUGUGAUAAGCCAUGAACAUUGUGGUGACAUAAAAGCAUAAAUAAAAAUAGACUUACAGCACAUAAAUGCUCUUACAUUUGUCCAUUUGUCUCGUGUUAAAUUGUCAGAAAAAUAUGAACUGGAGACUGAGAGCCAUUCUCAUUUGGCAGCGAUCCAAAUGCAAAAAGAAAUGUGCAAGCUUCUACAGUGCAUGCAAAAGUUUGUGCACCCUUUAGGACAAAAUGGCAGACAAAAAUGACUUCUUCUAACAAUGUGUUUUAGAUUGCCUAUUGUGUAAAUUGUGUAUGUUAAGAUAAUAUUAGUCAAAAAAACUGAUAUCACUUAAAAGUUAGUAUCUCCCUUUUUUUUGUCCGUCCUCUGUAUAUUUGUAUGUCUAUUUUUUUUUUAAAAAGAUUCUGUAUUAAACAUUAUUUUGGCUCAUUAACAUUAACAUUACUAUUUUAUGCCUAUCAUGAAGAAGUUUUGUUUUGUUUUUCUGACUGUGUAUAUACUCAUCUACUUCCCUGGCCUUGCAGACGAAGCCUCGUUAAUAAAUUCAAAGUGAAAUUCAUUGUGAGGAAUCUGAGCUUAAUUCUUAGUAAGUGUUUGCCGUUUCUAUAGUAACAGACCCCUCCUUCCUCCCCCCUGCUGUGACUGCGAUACAAUGGAGCUGCUAUCAUUUCUCUCCUCAAUCCGAAUGUAAACGUAGUGGCGUUUCUGUUGCAUGAGAAGACGGUGAAGGUGCAUCAUGCAGGAAAAGGACGUGAUGUAUGAUAAAUGGAAACAGCCGGGCUGGAGGAUUGAGCAGAAAUACUCCGACAAAGUGCUCGUAGGCAACUGGGCCGAGGAGAGACUGCAGUUCUCUCAGGAGUGUAAGACAGUAAACAGCAGCUAUAGGCUGGACUUCAGGCCUCAGACGGAUCACAGGCCGGAUGUGAUCGUGAGACGGACGGCGCUGCGUAGAUCUGAGGGUCUUCCAACCAGACUCCUCUUCUCCCAUCAUAACACGCCUGUCUCACAUUACCUGGUCACUCUCUAUGACGAGUCUUAUGGUCGAUGUAGCUCCUCUGGCCUUCCCAAGCUCCGCACCUGGCACACUGACAAGAUGGGUUGGGUCCCUGAGAAAUCAGACCAUCCGCUUCAUGGCCCUCUGACCAACUACGGUCUGACAGAGCUUUGGCGAGCGCAGCUGGAGAAGCAGCGAGCGGGGUCGCACAUGCUCAGUAUGUACAGAGCGGCGUAUCCAGUGCACCCCACAGAUGCAUUCUGUCAGCCUCGGCAUGCCAGAGUGCCACGCCUGACCUCCAUCAGAAAGAACGACCUGGAAAUAAACCACAUGCCAGGAAAUGCUGCUAGACCAAUGUCACCCCUGCCAUGUGUGUAACCCUGCCUUUGUCAUAUUUAUUGUUUGGAAAAAAUGCACAUAUAUGUCAUAUUAGUAAUUCUAAACAGCAUCUAUAUACAUCUUAAUAAAGAAAAAGAUAUCGUACAUAUUGUCCAUGCUGUUAUUUAACAGUCUUACUUUUCCAGGGAUAUGGAAUUUUGAGAACUUCUAGGCUAGAUUUUGAGUUACAUUCAUUAAUAUAUAAGGUUGGAGUCACCGCUACCACCAGCAGGUGGGAUUUGAUUAUUUCACAUCCUAAAGGGUUUUAUUUCUCUUAAAUCACAGCAAUUUACCAAUGAAUACCAACAAAUUAUUCACGUAGCACACGUUUGCACCAGUUAUUGCUGUGUUUAAUGUUAUAGAAUGUCCGGGAGACAAGUAAGUUCAUUAUUUACAGUAUAUUAUAGCAUCUAUAAACAAUAUUUUCACUUAACAGCCUCACAAAAAACCCCAACUUGUCUUGUUACCAAGCAACCACCACAAAAGUCCUUUGUCCUGAAGACUUUCCUAUGGUGGAAAAACCACUGACACUGGAGACUCAUAAAUGUUAACUAUAAAUGUUAAAUAAAUGUCUACUUUCAGAAAUCUUCCCCAUAUCAAUGAUUAUAUGAACAGUUCCACUAAUUUGACUGGUCAAGCGGCGUUCCAAGAGUGCAUAUAUUUCCUAUAACCAC